AUAUUACGGUACAUUGGCAAGAUGGCGCUCUCCCUGGCAGCAUCGGUCCAGUGCUCUCGUUCUCGUGCAAUUCAAAAACCCUGUAAGUGGUGAAACUGCUGUCCCAUUGUAAUCAAGGUAAACGAAGGAAAAGGGACUCCUUCUUGCGCUUUUGGGGAAGCAUUCCGAAUGCAUUGCUCUUUUGCGAAUGUCAUUUAUCCAGCGCUUACUCAAGAGCACAAGCAAACUGGACGGUUGGAGGAAUGGGGCAACGGGACCCUGCCCGAGGUUUGGUGCAGAGGCAAGGGGAGGACAUAACGAUUUAAAUUACAGCAUCACGUUGAUUCGACACUCACGGACACCCACCGGCUCCGCUCCGACAAUCGCCGCACACUUUGCCCGCAGGCUGAAAAACAGCGCGUGUGAAGACGGUCGUUUUUAUUUCAGUUAGGUCAGUGGCCGCAGUUAUCAGAUACAGAACAAAAGCGAUCGGACAUAUUUUUCAACACCUGCGUCGUAAUCCGACGCAUUUGAAAUUUACAAAAAAAAUGGAGCAACCAGGUUUUUGACGCCGUGAGCGUCUCAUCGGAACAAUGCAGCGUUUGAAUCGACUCCCUAGGUAUUUUUCUCAUUAAAGCAGUCUGAGCAAUCAUUUAUUAAAAAACUACAGCGCUGCUACACUUCAAAGCCCAAAGAAGAAGAGGAUGUCAGCCACUAUUUGUGUUAUGGUCAUGUCUUCGUCCUUCUUCAACCCUAGUCUUGCCUUCAGUUCACAUUUUGACACAGACGGCGCCCCGCUAAGCGAGCUUUCCUGGUCGUCCUCUCUGGCCGUGGUCGCAGUUUCCUUCUCUGGCCUCUUCACCUUCAUCUUCCUCAUGUUGGCCUGCCUGUGCUGCAAGAAGGGGGACAUCGGCUUCAAGGAGUUUGAGAACACGGAGGGAGAGGAGUACCAGGCAGACCCGUCCGCCCUCGCCUCCCCCGCCUCGCAGAACGGGCCCGAGGUCUACGUCCUGCCGCUCACACAAGUCUCACUUCCUGUGUCCAAACAGCCUGGCCGAUCAGUUCAGCUGCUUAAAUCGGCAGACCUGGGCCGUCACAGCCUGCUGUACCUGAAGGAGAUCGGCCAUGGCUGGUUCGGCAAGGUUUUACUGGGGGAGGUGAAUGCUGGCCUCAGUAGCACGCAGGUGGUGGUGAAGGAGCUGAAGGCCAGUGCCAGCGUGCAGGACCACAUCCACUUCCUGGAGGAAGCGCAGCCAUACCGCACCCUCCAGCACCCUGCCCUCCUGCAGUGCCUGGCACAGUGUUCCGAGGUCACACCCUACCUGCUGGUGAUGGAGUUCUGCCCCUUGGGGGAUCUGAAAGGCUACCUCCGCAGCUGUCGGGCGGCAGACUCCAUGACCCCUGACCCCUUGAUACUCCAGCGAAUGGCUUGCGAGAUCGCCUCCGGCCUCCUGCACCUCCACAAACACAACUUCACUCACAGUGACCUGGCCUUGAGGAACUGCUUGCUGACAUCGGAGGUGACAGUGAAGAUCGGGGACUAUGGUCUGUCACACAACAAAUACAAGGAGGACUACUUUGUGACCCCAGACCAGCUGUGGGUGCCACUGCGCUGGAUCGCCCCGGAACUCAUCGACGAAGUCCACGGCAACCUGCUGGUGGUGGACCAGACCAAGUCCAGCAAUGUCUGGUCUCUGGGGGUGACAAUCUGGGAGAUGUUUGAGUUGGGAAACCAGCCUUACCGACACUACACUGACAGACAGGUGCUGACCUACGCCGUGAAGGAGCAGCAGCUCAAAUUGCCAAAGCCACUACUGAAAGUACCCCUGUCUGAGCGCUGGUAUGAGGUCAUGCAGUUCUGCUGGCUUCAGCCAGAACAGAGGCCAAGCAUGGAGGAGGUCCACCUGCUGCUGAGCUACCUGUGUGCCAAGGGUUCGAGCGAGCCAGAGGAGGACUUUGAGAGCCGCUGGAACUCCCUCCGGCCGGGCAUGGGCCACAGCGUUUCUGCCGUAGAGCCUGCCCCUUCCUCUUCCUCCUCCUCCUCCUUUCCCCUCCUGGAGCACUUCGCCACUGGUGAUGGUUUCCAUGGUGAGCCGGGGGACGACAUACUGACAGUCACUGAGAGCAGCCACGGGCUCAGCUUUGAAUACAAAUGGGAGGAGGCGGGGCCAGAGAGGCCCUUCCACACCGCCUCCACCAGUGGGCCCUUGGGCCAGGGGAACCCCCACUACCAGGACAUCUACUACCCCCCUGAAGGCGGGAGCAGGGAUGGUGAUGGUGGGGAGGGGCUUAACCUGGGCGUCUCCCCUUCCUGUUACGAGCCCAAGCCCCUGCACACACCUGGGGUGGUCCCCGUGUUGAGUGCCCACAGCCCCUCUGUGAGCAGUGAAUACUACAUCCGCAUUGAGGAGCCCAUGGAGAGCGCUGGUCAGUUGGACCACAGCCCUGAAUUUGAGGGUGGGGACUACGACAGGGACGCGAAUGCAGAAGACCACGCACCAGGGUCCUACUGGCUGGCUGAUGCUCACAAGGCUGCCAUUGCUGCCUAUGACUCAGACGCCAGCCCAGCCGUCUCGCUUACCAUGGAGCCCCUUCUGGGCCAGGCCGCAGCUGGGGGGAGCCCCAUGGGAGCAUGGGAGUCAGGACAAUGCUUCUCCUACGAGGAGCGAGGGAGCUUCUACUAUGAGCGCUCACCUUUGCUCUCACCGGGUAGAGGCCUUCCCGUAAUGAAGGGGACCCCUCCUGGGGUCCUACGAGGGAGCUGGGGAUCACCCAGUCCUCCUCGGGCACAGGGAGAGCCCGAAAGCCCCCUGAGCACUUCCCCGUCACUCAGCAGCCCCUGCACAGGGCACCAUGACCUUGAUGUGGAGGACAGCUGUGAACCCACGGGCAGUCAGACCACUGACGGCGAGCACCACAACCAUGCAGUGUCUGCCACUUGCUCUAUCAGAAUCGAGAUUGAGACGGAGGACGGCGCAGUCACCGGUGGGUGGCGGCGGCAGCACCGUGACCACGCUACAGGGGAUGAGGCGGACCUGUUCUCGGACAGGGAGACCCACAGCUGGGCCUCAAACCACUCCGCUAACAACAACAGCUUAACCUUUGCCCGGGGACCACCAGUGGGCAUGGACUUGCACUGCACUGGCAAGCCUUCCACGGAUGCAUGGCCAGAUAUGAGGACUGCGAAGGAGAGCCCAACGCAGAACACUUACCAGACCAGUGCCUACUCAGAAGGUGUGGAUGAUGAUAACUUUGUAUCCCCCCAUAAACGCCACCCUUUGACAUCACCUACUGAACAUUGUACGUAUGUCAAUAUGUGCUUUGAGGUCGGGGACGAUGAAGCACCACCUCACGAAUGUCGCCCAACUACAGAGAGCCCCUCUUUUCUGGACCUGCCCACAGGUGCUAUGGUGAGAGACAGAGGCCUUAAAGAAGCAGACAUCCUGAGGAUGGGAGAGGAAGAGGAUGUGUGCUCCUCAACUAGGGGGGGUGGCAUCUUGUCAAAAACUGAGACGGACUCAGAGCUGUGGGACAAGAACUCUGACACAUCUGUGAGUGUAGUAUUAUACGAAAAGGGGGUGGUGACACAGGAGAUGCAUUUGAGCAGAGUUGCAGUUGCCAAGGUUCCAGCCCCCUCAGGGAAAAGACCACCCCGCCAUGCAGCCCUGUCGGAGGCAGACAGUGGGGCAGUGACCAGCUGCUCCAGCGUCAGAAUGGUGGACAUCGAGGACUAUGACGACAUUGUCUUGGAUGUUGCCUCAGGUGUUUUCGUGGCCCUGCCAAUGGAACGAGUGGAGGUCCUGCCCCUUGGGCCACUGCAGAAACAAGCAGUGACUCCGGACUCCGUGGACUCUAUGGAGCUGACCUCUACCACCAGCUCCUGUGAGGCGUUCAGCCCUGCCUCCUUCCAUUCCUCCACCCAGCCCAAAGCUCUGGACAGCGGGUAUGACACGGAGAACAAUGAGUCCCCCGAAUUCAUCCCGAAAGAGCUACCUGAGUCCCGAGACCUAGAGGGAUUUACCCCACCAUCAGGAAAGGUCCCCCUCACCAAAGGUCCAGAGCUGGGGGGGUCCGAGGAUGAGGUGGUCCUGCAGGUGGAUGUUGUAGACAAAGUCUCACCUGUGACACUGCCUAGCAACAGUGAACCAGAACUUACUGAGCUUGGUGGGAAGAACCCAUACAGGGACUCGGCUUAUUUCUCUGACUAUGACACUGAGAACGAGAGGUUUCCCUGUGAUGAAGCUGGAGGAGAGUUCCCAGAGAUUCCGGGGGAGGAGGCUGAAAAAGGGGACCUCACACGGUCUGUGAGGAGGGAGGGGCUUGACCCUCCCCUGGAGAAGGAGGUAGGGGGGAAACAUCUCCCUGGUCCAGAGGAGAUCAGGACCAUCUUUGAGAGGGACACGGGGAAGAUGUCCCCGGAAGGGUCACGGUCUGAGCCCAGACCAGGUGACUCUCCCAUCGGCCCAGUCCUCUCCACGCUUUCACCAUCACCCCCUGAGAUGGGGGGCUGCCUGACCAAAGAGUCCUCUCAGGAUGAGGGCCUGGGGCUGGACCCUGAGCACUCAGGGGAGGAGCCUGCUUCUGAAUGUUCCUCUUCACCCUCUCCUUCCUCCGCCUCCUCAUCGUCCUCUGCCUCCUCCGCUCUCUCUGCAAGCUCAUCCACGCUGCAGGAGUCCUGUGCCACCGGUGACACCGGUGAAAAGGCUUCAGGUGAUCCCGAAGCCCAACCGCAGACAUGUGACGGUGCAGAAACGAUCAAGGUAGUUGAGAGUGGGGACAAAGAAAAGGAACAAGGCCAGGACUCCACAGGGGGAGGCAAUGAUGACAUCUGGGAGGAGGUGAUGGAAGAUUUAGAGGAGGACGAUAUGGACGAGGAGCAACAGGAAGAUGCAGACUUAAACAAAGGGGAUGCUUUCCCAGAGGCAAUUGACAUCCCUUCCCCUUCCACUGCCUCCUCUUCCUCGUCGUCCCCUCCUAGCCUCCUCCCAGCAGAAGGUGGGGGGCUUUUGCUCCCAGGAGGUGGGGACGGAGAUGGGGAUGAGGCGGACUGGGAGGACAGGGAUUCGGAGGACAGCGAGGAGUCGGACGAGGAGUUGCGCAGCUAUAACGUGCAGGAGCCCAGUGAGGAGAGUGAGGAGGAGUGCCAGGCAGUGCCCGUGGUGGUGAGCGACUGCAGCGACGCUCGUCACCUGCGCAGCCUGCUUAGGAUGCCCACGCUGCUCACCGAGUCCUUCUGCGAUGAGCUGGAGCACAGGAAGAAGGCCGUCUCCUUCUUCGACGAUGUCACCGUCUACCUGUUCGACCAGGAGAGCCCCACCCAGGAGCUGGCAGAACAAGGCUUCCCACCUGGGGCGGAGCCUGCUGGGCAGUGUGCAGAGGGCACAGAGACACGCCCCCAGGAGAGGCUCAGUGCAUCUGAUGACUCUUCCGAUGGCAACAUUUCAGAAGAGAGUGGAGGGUUUGAAUGGGAAGAUGAUUUCCCCUUGGUGUCUGGUCCCUCAUCUAUCCUGCCAGAUUCUGUGGAGCCCCAGGCACCUAGCCCAACCCCUGAGGCCUCCAGCCCAACCCCUGAGGCCUCCAGCCCAACCCCUGAGGCCUCCAGCCUAACCCCUGAGGCCCUCAGCCUGUCCCCUGAGGCCUCCAGCCCGUCCCCUGAAGCCCCCACUCCGUCCCCUGAGGCCUCAGUGACCCCGCCGGCUGCACUGGCGACACCCUUUUCCCGCUUCAGUGUCUCACGUUUUUCCAUCACCCACGUGUCUGACUCCGACGUUAACUCCGGUGGAGAUCAGUUUCAAAACUGACGACCUUGCCUCUUCUGACAUCACACGAGCCCUUCGUACCAGUGCCCCUCACCCACCGCCGUUUCUAACGUGAAACCGCAAUCCUUGCAGUCAGAAACCCAGUGCCCAACACAUACCCUGAAAUGACUUGUCCACCCCUGUGCCUCUCACAGAGUGACCCCCUUCCGUUACUAUGCCAGCCACACUUUAUGUGAUUUUAACAAAGGAGGUUUACAUCGCAGGAAUUACCAUUCUUCAGAAAUUCCUCAUUUCAACCAGAUAUAAAGUAGAAACUUAUUGAAAAUUAAUGGAGCAAGUCAGACCAGAAUUGUUUUCAAACCUUUUGAAACAUUUGAACAAGUUCUCCAUUAAAAUGGUCAAGAAUUGAAUGAAGCAGCAGAAGUGCUGUCCCAUGACAGUUCCAUUUUCUAGAAAAUAAUUUAUUCACACUUAUCACGUGACAUACAAGUGUGUUAAAAACAGCUUUGGCUGACGUGGUGUCCUCUUCAUAAAUAUUAAUUUCAUAUUCAGAUAUAUUUUGGUUUUGUGGUUUGGAAAUUACUUCUCAUUCAAAUGACUUGGGCUUGAGGCAUGAAGGUGAUGCUAGUCUGAUGAGCUCCAAUCGUAAGCAAUGUUUGACAGAGGCAAUAUCUUGUUGAAAUGCGAAAGCAUUAAGGAAUGGAACUUCUUGUUGAUAGGUCUCCUUUCUAAUCUUAGUUUCGCCAGAAUUUGACCUUUGACCCUAACCCCUUCCAACCAUGUCCAGUGAAUAAUGGCUCUGAAUCUGCUGUGUAGGAAACUGCAAAGGUGGGGAGAGACAGCGAGGGAGAAGUGUGCGAGUAUGAAUGUGUGCGCAUACGUGUGUGCGUGUGAGGGUGCCCCGUGUCUUACGUUCACAGACACACUGCCUUCAGCUUUUCUUUUUAUUGUCGACACAGGGCUUCCCCAAACCUCAGUGACUCCUUUUCUGACAGUGCCUCGUAACGCUAUAGGGAGCCCCUCCACAACUCCACAAAACUGUUGGGAUGACGGACUCAUUAUGACGUUGGCAACAAAGUGAAAAAUAAAAGGGAAAUCUAUAAAUUAUACAGAAAUACAUGUAAACUAUAUGCAUAUAUACACACAAACACACACACACACACACACACAUAUGUGUAUAUGUAGAAAGUUACAUUAAAAAUAUAACUUACAUGUUGCUUUCAGCACUGAAGCACCUUUGCUGUAGGUCACCUUUUUGUGUAAUGGACAAAAACCAAACAAACCAACACAAGGAUGAAUUUGUUUGCUGCUUCAACUUAAUGGUCACCAUGGUCCGUCCAUGUGCUCAUUGGUCAGUCGUUGGUCCUCCCCUAAUGCUCACUGGUCAGACCUUAUAAGAGACUGUUACAGCAGGCCACUGGUGCUUUAUAGUGCUGGAGCCUGUGUAUACAACACCCAGUUGUGGUCACACCCAAUGCUGCUGUGUGAACGCAAAGACCCUCCACCCAUCAUAAAAAGAGAAGAAAAACAAGAGACUGCCCUGACAACCGAGGGUAGGAGGGGUGCUGACUUAUCUUCCGAAAAAUGGUAUGUGAUCAAUGCGGUUCACUGAACUGAAACGAGGAAUAUCAACUGGGGGGAGCGUACACUCUGACUCAACUUUCUAACACAGAUGAGGGGAAAAAACAUUUCAACUGGAGUGUAUGUAUGUGUGGAGUCAGAGUGAAUUGUGGCUGUUGACUUUCAAGAAUCACUAUACUCUUCCAGUCUUGCCAGCUUAUACUCUUUAGUAUGGUUAUAAACAGAACUGGAAAAAAAAACAACUUACCCUGAUUUCUUGCCUGGCAGCAAGUGCUUGAACUCCAGGAGUCAGAGAGUGGGGUGAGAGGAGAGCCACUGGUUACCAUGACAAGGAUGCCCCCCCACCCACCCCGGCUCCUGUUACUGUCAUCAUUAUUAACAUCCUGUUGUUAUACCACAUUCCCCACAAUAUGACCGUGGCCCAAAUGGAAACAAGGCGUGCUCUUUUUAAGAGGCUUGGUAGAGGUGCUGUAAGUUGUUUUAUAUGAUGAUAUGGAUUGAGCUUCCCACAGAUCAACCAUGGAGGAGGUUUUUUUUGUUUUUUUUUAGAUGAGCUAAUGUUUGUUCUGUGACUCCAGGAAACUGGAUUGGUAAACAUCCUGUUAAGAGACGCAUUUUCUUGGGCUCCAUCUCCAUGGAGAUGCAAGCACUCUGUCUGAAGAAAAUGAACAGAACGCUUUCCAGAGUGUGGGACUUAGCAUUUCUGUCACGUCGUGGUUUAAUAGUGAAUCGGCCCUAAAUCGGUCUAUCAAAGUACUCAUUCAAUGACCAACAGUCAUGCCUCGUGGAAUGGACAUAACAUAUCUGUGGAAUCGCAUUGGUUUUAGGCAUAGGACUGUUUUUCAAUUUUUUUUUUCUUGUAACAGCAAAGCCAUUUUUGGAGAAGGGAUGAAAGACAGAAUCUAAAUUUGAAGACACAGUACAGUGAAUUUAGAUGUACAGCUAAUUACGAUGUAGAGAAUUUAUUAGUGCAUAAUUUGCCGUAGAAUGGCUCCAUUGCCAAUGCAGAUAUUAUACUACAAAUGGCAAUUGUAUGGAGAUUAUUAAUUAUCUGUUUGGGAGCUAUUUAUGUAGCAGUUGUAAUGACAGUGUUUCUGUCUCUCUGUUGAACAGAUUUUUCUCACAAUAAUAUAUGCUAAAAUAUGAAAUAUAUCAGGAAUAUACCACUGAAUAUAGUUAAAUUGCCAAUAUAUAUAAUAUAUAGUAUUUCCACAUACUGAAUACACCAAGUACAAAUAGUAUUAAAUGUACAGUGGCAACAAUAUAUUAUUAACAUACAUAUCUGGUGGAUAUUACUGUAUUCCUUAUAUUCUGGCCUUCACAUUUUAGCAUAUAUUUGCACAUGCUACUUUUUCAUAAUGGUAAUCACAAGUAAACUGUGAAUUGGUUAUAUCUGGGUUGUAAACCCAUUGUUACCCUCAGUAACAGAUUAAUUUACAUGUAAAUGUAACCUUUACACAUUAUGAGGCAAUGGCUUGAUUUUGCUGUAGGUCAGAAACAUAGCUUCUGCCAGCCAGGUGCAUGGUCUGUCGCUUAGAUUUUGGUUUGGAGUCCGCAAAUCCAUUACCUCAAAUCAACAUUUCUGGAUUUGUUGUUUUACAGCAUUCUCCAAUCUCUGAGUCGGGACAUAAUUUGAAUUAGGCAGUGCCUCUGUACUACUUCAGAGUUUUAAGCAUAGAUUUUAAGCCUAUUCAAGGAAGAAUGCCACACAUUGCAAGUUCAUUGUUGCCAAAGGGAUGUGACUACAGAGUAGUGCACUGGAUUUCUAGUACUGCUUCACAAAUAACAGGAAGUGGACUUAAUUGAGCAUCUUUUGGCCUUGCACCAAUUGUGACAUUAUUCUCUGAGUCACCUGAUAGGUGCUCUCCAACAUCCACCAAUUACACAACUACUGUACCAUAAAAAAAAAACAAUAAAUCAAAUAAGGUUUUUUAAUGUCCAA